AUGGAAAAAUCAACGAAAAGAUUAUCUCUAUCAGCUAUUAAAGAAGCAGACAUUUUAAGCUUAAAUAAGCUUGCGUUGGAGCAUCUGAAAACUGAAGAAUAUGAAAGUUCUCUAAACUAUUUAGAGCAGUCUUUAUUAAAUUUAAAAACUUUUAAACCAAGUCAAUCCAUAGACAAAUUAUCAGCAAUUACAUAUAAAAAUUUGGGCUUUUUUUACAAAAAAGUUGGGAAAUUGCAAGAAGGAAUUAAUUGGUUUCUAAAAGCCCUUGAAAUUGAGAAAAAAAUCCCCAACCAAUUCCUUAACGUAGCUGGAACUUAUUUAAAUAUAUGUUCAAUUUUUUCACAAUUAAAAAUUCAUGAAAAAGCUCUACAAAGCGCACUUAAAGCUAUAGAAAUAUUGCAGAAUAACUAUUCAGCAGAAGUGAAUAUAGUAACAACUCUUGUAAUAGCCCUCCACAACGCUGGUGUUGAGCAUGAGCAUCUUUUUCAAUUUGGGGAUGCUUUAGAGUGCUAUGAAUCAGGAUUAAAACUCAGCAAAGAGCAUCUUGGUACUAAAAAUAAUCUAACCCUCGCUCUCAAAAGAAGUUUGGAUGAGGUAUCUGGGCAAGCCAUUCCUUUAAAAAAUUCGAGCAAAUGGAAUAAAGGAACUUUUUUGAAUACUUCUUUAAAUUAUUCUUUAUUAAAAGAUACGAAAAAGUGAAGUCUGACUCCAAAAGCCGAGAAAAGUUCUCUUUUGAGAAAUUUCAGCCAAGAUAAAAGCAACAAAAGGUAUGUGAUUGAGAGGAAAAGUAAAGAGUCCCAAGGAAAAAUAUUGAAAAAGGUGAAUACUGAUAUUAGAAAUAGAACUUUUUCUGCAAGAUGUCCAAAAAAUAGUAUAAAGCCCGAUGUGUAUUGAAAUAAAAACAGACUUUUAAAUAGCACGAUAGAUUCAAAAAAAUCUGUAAGUGCAAAGUCAAGUAUUUCAUCAUAUUCUCCAUCACUAAAAAUGGCAAAAUUAAGAACUUAUAUCUUAGAAACUCCAAAAGUGUCAAUUUUUGAUUUUCCAGAAGAAAAACCCAGAGAAAAGCUAAAGCAGCAUGAAGUUAGAUCGAAUAAAAUUGAUUUAAUAAAUUACAAAGAGCAAGAAAGAACUGCAGUAAUCAUGAUUCAAGCAUGAUGAAGAGGAGUUUUGACUCGGCUAAAGUUCAAAGAAAAAUUGUUGAUGCAUAAGCUUAAAAAUGCUGCUGCACUAGAAGCAAAGGCUCAAUUUGAAUUAUCCCAAAUUAAAAUCAAAAUGAAUGAUUUGAAAAGAAAUUAUGAUAUGCGAGAAAAGAAUACGCAUAAUGAUAUAGAAACUGAAAAGAAAAUACUAGAGCCUGAUUAUAGUAAAAAAAUCGUAAAGAUAGCUCCUCAAGAAGUUAAAUUCAAAAGCAUUGAAAAGAAAAAAAUAUUUGAGUCUGAUAUUAGCAAAGAUAUUGAGAAGGAAAAACCUAGAGAACGAGUUAGCAAAGAAAUUGAAAAGAAAAUCAUUGAAUCAGAUUGCGAGGCUACAGAAAAGAAAUUACUUCAUCAAUUAAAAAAUAAUAGAGUCGAUGAAAAGAAAAAGCCUGACUCCCCCCCCAUACCGUGAGUGAACAAAACCAUUAGAAAAAAUCGCUAUUUUUUGCCCAAAAACCCACCCUCAGUGAGUGAACAAAAAAUUUUUUUAAUAGAUAAAAUUUUUAUUGAAAAAAAUUUAGAUAUAUAAAUGCUAAUUAGUAUAAUGAAAUCUAGAGCUAAUUCUGUUUAAUUUUAAACAAAUUGCUUUUUAAAACAUAAAUUUUAUAAAUUAAAUUAAUAUUUGCUUUCCAAUUUUCGAAUUAGGAUUUUUUUUAAAUUUCGAAAAAAAAAAAAUUUUUUUAUAAAAUUUAUAUAUAAAUUUUUUUAAAAACAAAAAUUAACCACCCUCCGUGAGUGAACAAAAUUUUUUUGUUCACUCACGGAGGGGGGGGAGUGAGGGAAAAUGUAUUGUAGAAGCUGAAAAGAAAAUCGAGGACGAUAGUCAUGGCAGAAAGAAUGAAAUAAUGUUUCAAAAUAUUUUGAAAAUCCAAUCUAGCUUCCGUUCAUUUCUUUGUAAGCAAAAAUGCAAAAAAAUGAUUAUCUCUAUUAAAAAAAUUCAAGCAUCUGUGCGCAUGUUCUUGAUUCGAAGAUUAUAUAGAAAAAUUUUAUCAGCAAUUAUAUUUAUCCAAUUAUUUGUAAGAGCAAAAAAUCAGAAAAUAAAUAAAACUUAUAAGCGUUUAAAUAAUUAA